AUGUCUUUUUCUCCAGAAGAAAGAACUGAUGUCACUGUGUUGGAAAUGCAGUCAGAUGGGAGUUCCGAAGUUAUACACACGGCCUGCGAGUGGUUACUCGGAAGGGUAAGAGUCGUUAAGGCGUUUCAUCAAAUGCUGAUCAGAAUCGUUGGGAGAGAUGUAAUGGAUCAGUGUAUGACCAACUGCAGUGAUGUUUACGAUGACAUAUCGCUAGAGAUUUCCAUUAAACUGCGUGCUGUUGAUAAAGUCCAAAGUAAGAAAAUCACAUUGAAAGUCCCAGUCAUUAUCAUGGAAACAUUUGAAGAUUCUGGGUUACCUAUACAGGAUGCUGUCGACCAGGCAAACAUUAACGGGAAAAUAAUAUGGUCACACGACAAGAUGAGAAUGGAUGCAAACGUCUUUCGAGAAUUAUGUGCAGAUGCUUUGGAUAGUACAAGGUUGUUUGUACACGGCGUGCUAGCACAUCGAUCAUGCAAGGAAACAGAUGUGAUCAUUAUGACCGGAGAGUUUUCAUCAUCACCACUUCUUCAGGAAAGUAUUAAGUCAGCAUUCAGUAAUAUGCGAGUCAUUAUUCCACCAAAUAACGAGCAUGCUGCUUUGGUUGGAGCAGUUAUAUUUGCGCAUGCACGUUUACCUUUCAAGCCACAGUGUUCCUCCAGUGAUCCGCAGGUCAGAAGUCGCGGGAAAUAUCCGCCUUAUCGGCACCGUGAAUAA